UCGGAGCAAAGCCACCCUUUGCUGGCCAGUCGCGUUGCUCCUCCGAGGAAGCAAGCUGAGGUGGCGACUCGGUGGAAAAAUAACGAAAGAAAGGCAGAGAGGAAGUAGCGAGAGAAGAGAGAAAAUGAAGUCAGCGCUGGAGGAGCCUGCAGGAGGGUGGCCGACAGUGGAGCAAGGUGGAUUUGGCUUCUUUUCCGCACCCCGGGCGUGAACGCCCUCUCCAACGCGACCCCAGGAAAUAAGUGGGUCUCGCCUGGGCAGAAAAGGAAAAGAAUCCAAGCGAGAGCGCGUCGCUCCUCUGUCACUGCUGCCCCCGAGGAACUCCGGCUGCUUCUCAGCCCGGCCGCUUCUCAGCCCGGCCGCCUCGCGGGACUGGACGCAGUGCCCGAGGCGACCUGCAGAUGGGGCGGGCAGGGAACGGGCGCUCCAGCCGCGGGUGACAGGCGCCGGCCCGCCUGCCUGCCUGCUCAGCGCAGUGACCCGGGCGGGCAGAGGAUGCCAGGCGGAGGGACCUGGGAGCGGGAUCUGAGACUGCCGGGGGCAAGCUAGGCUCCAACUUGCAUGGCCUAGAGACCGCUCCAGCUCCUGGGACUGCUUCACCGAGUGGAGUGAAGCUGCGCGCGGGACCUGGAGGCGGAGACCUCAGGCAGCGGCUGCAGAGGGGCAACCCGGGCGCAGAAGGGGGCGCGCUUUCUCCCUACGGGUCUCAGUAAUGAGGAGACUGAGUCUGUGGUGGCUGCUGAGCAGGGUCUGUCUGCUGUUGCCGCCGCCCUGCGCACUGGUGCUGGCUGGGGUGCCCGGCUCCUCCUCGCACCCGCAGCCCUGCCAGAUCCUCAAGCGCAUCGGGCACGCGGUAAGGGUGGGCGCAGUGCACUUGCAGCCCUGGACCACGGCCCCCCGCGCGGCCAGCCGCGCUCCGGAAGGCAGCCGAGCAGGAGCCCAGAGGGAUGAGCCGGAGCCAGGGAUUAGGCGGCCCCCGGCGCCCUCGCCGGGCGCACGCUGGUCGGGGAGCGCGCUGCAUGGCCGGGGGCCGCCGGGCUCCCGUAAGCCCGGGGAGGGCGCCAGGGCGGAGACCCUGUGGCCACGGGACGCCCUCCUAUUUGCCGUGGACAACCUGAACCGCGUGGAAGGGCUGCUACCCUACAACCUGUCUUUGGAAGUAGUGAUGGCCAUCGAGGCAGGCCUGGGCGAUCUGCCGCUUUUGCCCUUCUCCUCUCCUAGCUCGCCGUGGAGCAGUGACCCUUUCUCCUUCCUGCAAAGUGUGUGCCAUACCGUGGUGGUGCAAGGGGUGUCGGCGCUGCUCGCCUUCCCCCAGAGCCAGGGCGAAAUGAUGGAGCUCGACUUGGUCAGCUUAGUCCUGCACAUUCCAGUGAUCAGCAUCGUGCGCCACGAGUUUCGGCGGGAGAGUCAGAAUCCCCUUCACCUACAACUGAGUUUAGAAAAUUCAUUAAGUUCUGAUGCUGAUGUCACUGUCUCAAUCCUGACCAUGAACAACUGGUACAAUUUUAGCUUGUUGCUGUGCCAGGAAGACUGGAACAUCACCGACUUCCUCCUCCUUACCCAGAAUAAUUCCAAGUUCCACCUUGGUUCUAUCAUCAACAUCACCGCUAACCUCCCCUCCACCCAGGACAUCUUGAGCUUCCUACAGAUCCAGCUUGAGAGUAUUAAGAACAGCACACCCACAGUGGUGAUGUUUGGCUGCGACAUGGAAAGUAUCCGGCGGAUUUUUGAAAUUACAACCCAGUUUGGGGUCAUGCCCCCUGAACUUCGUUGGGUGCUGGGAGAUUCCCAGAAUGUGGAGGAACUGAGGACAGAGGGUCUGCCCUUAGGGCUUAUUGCUCAUGGAAAAACAACACAGUCUGUCUUUGAGCACUACGUACAAGAUGCUAUGGAGCUGGUCGCAAGAGCUGUAGCCACAGCCACCAUGAUCCAGCCAGAACUUGCUCUCAUUCCCAGCACAAUGAACUGCAUGGAGGUGGAAACUACAAAUCUCACUUCAGGACAAUAUUUAUCAAGGUUUCUAGCCAAUACCACUUUCAGAGGCCUCAGUGGUUCCAUCAGAGUAAAAGGUUCCACCAUCAUCAGCUCAGAAGACAACUUUUUCAUCUGGAAUCUUCAACAUGACCCCAUGGGAAAGCCAAUGUGGACCCGCUUGGGCAGCUGGCAGGAGGGAAAGAUUGUCAUGGACUAUGGAAUAUGGCCUGAGCAGGCCCAGAGACACAAAACCCACUUCCAACAUCCAAGUAAGCUACACUUGAGAGUGGUUACCCUGAUUGAGCAUCCUUUUGUCUUCACAAGGGAGGUAGAUGAUGAAGGCUUGUGCCCUGCUGGCCAACUCUGUUUAGACCCCAUGACUAAUGACGCUUCCACAUUAGACAGCCUUUUUAGCAGCCUCCAUAGCAGUAAUGAUACAGUGCCCAUUAAAUUCAAGAAGUGCUGCUAUGGAUAUUGCAUUGAUCUGCUGGAAAAGAUAGCAGAAGACAUGAACUUUGACUUCGACCUCUAUAUUGUAGGGGAUGGAAAGUAUGGAGCCUGGAAAAAUGGGCACUGGACUGGGCUAGUGGGUGAUCUCCUGAGUGGGACUGCCCACAUGGCAGUCACUUCCUUUAGCAUCAAUACUGCACGGAGCCAGGUGAUAGAUUUCACCAGCCCUUUCUUCUCCACCAGCUUGGGCAUCUUAGUGAGGACCCGAGAUACAGCAGCUCCCAUUGGAGCCUUCAUGUGGCCACUCCACUGGACAAUGUGGCUGGGGAUUUUUGUGGCUCUGCACAUCACUGCCAUCUUCCUCACUCUAUAUGAAUGGAAGAGUCCAUUUGGUUUGACUCCCAAGGGGCGAAAUAGAAGUAAAGUCUUCUCCUUUUCUUCAGCCUUGAACGUCUGUUAUGCCCUCUUGUUUGGCAGAACGGUGGCCAUCAAACCUCCAAAAUGUUGGACUGGAAGGUUUCUAAUGAACCUUUGGGCCAUUUUCUGUAUGUUUUGCCUUUCCACAUACACAGCAAACUUGGCUGCUGUCAUGGUAGGUGAGAAGAUCUAUGAAGAGCUUUCUGGAAUACAUGACCCCAAGUUACAUCAUCCCUCCCAAGGAUUCCGCUUUGGAACUGUCCGAGAAAGCAGCGCUGAAGAUUAUGUGAGACAAAGUUUCCCAGAGAUGCAUGAAUAUAUGAGAAGGUACAAUGUUCCAGCCACCCCUGAUGGAGUGGAGUAUCUGAAGAAUGAUCCAGAGAAACUAGACGCCUUCAUCAUGGACAAAGCCCUUCUGGAUUAUGAAGUGUCAAUAGAUGCUGACUGCAAACUUCUCACUGUGGGGAAGCCAUUUGCCAUAGAAGGAUACGGCAUUGGCCUCCCACCCAACUCUCCAUUGACCUCCAACAUAUCCGAGCUGAUCAGUCAAUACAAGUCACAUGGGUUUAUGGAUGUGCUCCAUGACAAGUGGUACAAGGUGGUUCCCUGUGGCAAGAGAAGUUUUGCUGUCACGGAGACUUUGCAAAUGGGCAUCAAACACUUCUCUGGACUCUUUGUGCUGCUGUGCAUUGGAUUUGGUCUGUCCAUCUUGACCACCAUUGGUGAGCACAUAGUAUACAGGCUACUGCUACCACGAAUCAAAAACAAAUCCAAGCUGCAAUACUGGCUCCACACCAGCCAGAGAUUACACAGAGCAAUAAAUACAUCAUUUGUAGAGGAAAAGCAGCAGCAUUUCAAGACCAAAUGUGUGGAAAAGAGGUCUAAUGUGGGACCCCGUCAGCUCACCGUAUGGAAUACUUCCAAUCUGAGUCAUGACAACCGACGAAAAUACAUCUUUAGUGAUGAGGAAGGACAAAACCAGCUGGGCAUCCGGAUCCACCAGGACAUCCCCCUCCCUCCAAGGAGAAGAGAGCUCCCUGCCUCGCUGACCACCAAUGGGAAAGCAGACUCCCUAAAUGUAUCUCGGAACUCAGUGAUGCAGGAACUCUCAGAGCUGGAGAAACAGAUUCAGGUGAUCCGUCAGGAGCUGCAGCUGGCUGUGAGCAGGAAAACGGAGCUGGAGGAGUAUCAAAGGACAAGUCGGACUUGUGAGUCCUAGGUGACCACACUUCUUCCCUUUCUCAGUUCCUGACCUUCCUCUGAGCCCUUGAGACACUGUAAUGCUCUUUUGUAACUAUCGACAAAGGUGUGGGGAAGCUGAGGUCUAGGUCGUCUUAGAGGUCAAGUCUGCUCUCCCUAGCCUAAAGUGCAGCAGCAGCUCCUCUGAAGCUCACUCCCUAGGUCUCCAGGGUAGGAGUGUUUUUCUAGCAAGAAUCUCAGUCAGGAGUAAGCUCUGUGUGAGAGAUCUGUGAAUAACCAGAUAACCCCAGCUCCCGUUAACCUUUUCACCAGGUGCCACAGUAAUAUUUCUGAUUUUUAGCCCUUUCUCUGCACUACCAACAAGAGAUAAAAUUGUUACUCAUACUUAUGUCUUACUGGGUUGUUGGUUUUCAUCGUAACACAGAACGAGGUUAUCUAGGGUUGUAGCUUUUGAUACAACUCCCCGAUCUAGAUUUAUUCCUACAUUCUGAAUGGGGAGCAGGUAAGAGCAGAGCACCUCCCACUGGGGGUGGGGUACUUAAAAAUUAACUCAUUAGUAUCAUAAAGGUCAAGGAUUGAUUGGACCAGGCAAGAGCCAUGUUUUUGAGAAGGUUCUGGAUCUCUGACUCCAUCCUGACUGUUUAGUAAGAACAUGCUUACAUGCUACUGUGAAAGGGGGAGAGGAUGUGGUAAGCGGGAACAGAAGACAGGCAGCAGAGGCAUUAAAAAUGCAUACCAUGCUUUCUGGGUCAGAAAGGCAAUUUGGCUAAAAAAUGAACAUGACUACUUCAAAUGUAACUAGGCAUCUCCACUAUGGUGUGUGCCUUUUAUAAAGGAAAAGAGAGAAAAAGGCAAAGCAAGGUUGUGGCAUUAGGUUGGACCUGGAAUAUCCCUGCUUAUUGCCUAUAAUGGAAUAUGUGACACUGUGGGUGAAAUGUUCUACACACCACACACUAGGCCAUUUUCAGAUCAGCAGUCACCCAUCGCUUAGCAUAGAAAUCCCAAAACCUCCAGCCUGGGAACACUACAAGCUUCGACCAUUCAGGAAUCUGCCCUGCACUUUGCAUAUCUGUAUAGAAAAUCAAGUCAAUCCCCCAUCCUCACACCCACUCAUCUCUGAGGAGCUAUGAACUGGUUUUGGUCCCUCUAAUGAUCCUCCAGCCUCAUCUAAUGCCCCCCAAAGACUGAUACAAGUAACCUCUCCUCUGCUUAGGUGCCGCUUUCUCAGCAUAUCAUGUUUAGGCAGCAAGGGAAAGGAAUAUGGGUCAGUUCUCAAAUGUCAAUGUAGAUAAGAGUCAUCUAGUAGAGAACUCAUCAGAGUGCGGAUUGCCAAGACCCUUCUCCAGAGAUUAUGGGGUUGGGGGUGGAGGUCUAGAAGUGAGCUCAGAAACCUACUGUUAACCAGCACCCCCAAGUGACUGACACAGGUGGUCUAAAAAUUACUCUUCUAGAAACACCAUUCUGGAAGUUUGGCUGCCCACAGGCAGAAGGAGAAGCAUGAAGAGAAAACCUGUUUGAGAAGUUUUGUUUUGUUUUGUUUUUUAAUAACUUUAGUACACAUCUGCUGAUUCUCCUUCAACAUCCUCACCCCCACCCCUGGGCACCAUUUAGGACAAGACUUCCUUAUUUAUCAAUUACCUGAUUUAUCUUCUCAGGACUCAUUGUUCCACCCCCAAACAAUUUGAAUGCCUACAAUAAGUUCAGGAGCUGUGCCAAGCACUUUCCUCUUUUACAGCUGGAGAUCACUGGAAAGGUGUCUCAAGUCACAAAACCUCUCCCUCUACUACUGGAAGAAAUGUCUGCAUUUCCACCAAAAUCUACCCAGUCGCCCAGGGAAUAACAACUUAAGCUGUAGUUAGAUAACACCUAGUGAUUAAUUGGCUGAGAAAACCCUGGAGUGGAGGGAGGCUCAGAGAUACUGAUACGGAUGUGGGAGGGCUCUAAAGUUAGAGGUCACCAACUCCACAGAUGAAACAGUUCAAUAAUGAGGAAAGAGGGGAGCCCUGAAAACACAAAAGGACAAUUCUGUGUUGAAACACCCCAUCCCCUCACGUUCUCACCCCAGGCCCAGAAGUAGGUUGCAACUGCCUUUGGAAGAUUUUGCCCUUAGCCAUCCCCACCCACUUGUACCAGCUAAGAAUGCUGGAGACUCUGGCACCAUGCUCUGCGUGCCCCUGAACCUCUGUGCAGCCCGGAAGGCUGAUGUACAGGUGUACCUCAAUCCACAUUACAGCCAUGCUCCUAAUGUACACGGACAUUUUUGUAACUCAGCUCAUAUUCUGACUGUAUUUGAGAAGCUGGCUGUUUAAGGGAACCCAGAAGUGAAUUCUUUUGUAAAGUAAAGCACCCUUUUGUAAUGCAAUUAAUUAUCCCUUAAUGUAUCUGUUUUGUAAGUCUGAAUUUUUGUAUAUCGGGUUUACCUUAAGCUUCUCUAGUGAGACAUUCUGAGCAGUGGUGAUCACUUGCCAGAUCACCCUGCCUAUCCACAAAGUAGAUUACCAAUGCACGCUCCUCAAACUUCUUUGGAGGAACUACCUGGCCAAAACACUGGCCAGGAUGUAGCAAGCAGCAGCAGGGGCUGACGACAGGCUUACUGCCAUCAACAUUGCUUGAAAUGCCUCUAUGUUCUGAAUAAAGAAAAACCAUAAUUGCUUGUGGUGAAACGAAGCAGUCUUCAUGUUAAGUAGCAACGGUUAUUUUUAUUGGUAGUAAUUGAACAGUGUUUUGCAAUUUGUGAAACAGUGUAUUGUGUUUUGUAAAAUGAUGUCAUGAAAUGGUGGGUCCUUGGAAACCUCCUUUCUGUUCAGCUCCGCCUCUGUUCUUUCAACUCCUUUCAGGCUCAAAAAAAAACACAAAGAUCAGAAGCCUUCAGAUAGAGGGUGGUAGGUAUUCUGGUAAAGAAGAAAGAGGUAAGGGAUGCUACCUUGCUUUUCUGGCACAGGAAGCACAUAGUAAAGCAUGCUUGGAUGAGCUGGAACAGAUACAGCUACCUGGUUCGUGUAAAUAAGAAUAAUAAAGGCCCCAGAGUGUGUAUGCUUCCAGGUGGAGGAGAAAGGGGAAUAUCCCAAAAUUCAAAAACAAGUUGGAAGAAUAACCAGGACAGCCAAGUGAGGCAGCCACAGGGACCUAAGCAGUCAAGGUCUUUAAUGUGCCUGGAGAUGACUCUCUGCUAUUCAUGAAUCUUGCUAUUGCACAAACCCUAUCAGGAGCUGCUGCUUCCCUUCCAGCCAGAGAAGUGGUAAGCGGAGCAAGUGCCAAGUAGAACAGACCUUAUCCUCUGGGUAACAGACUUCUCAGUGUUGGUGCUGUGUCUGUUAAAGCCUUAGAGCAAGUUAAGCACUUCCUUGGUGUGGGUAAAGAAUAAAGGGGAAAGAAACUAUUUUAGAGCCUCUUUUUCUCCCAACUCAUAUUUUUUGAUAGGAAAAACAGAAAACCCAUCUAGUUCUUCAGAAAUUUCUUUCUAGGCAUUAAUACCACUUUACUGUCUAUACUGUUUAGUUAUUCCUUUCUUCACCCACCUAAACUACCCAUCUAAUCCAGGAUUCCUUCGCUCUUUUUUUUAGUUACUAAUCAUUUUAGGAAAACAAUGUAUUUAUAAGUAUUUUCUUAAGGUUUGUGAAGAGUAUUUGUAUUGUGUCUUCAUUUUAAUGUGUUUGCAAUCGCUCCGCUCCAGGAAGAACGGAAAUGCUGUCUUGUGAGCAUGAAGUGAACGGGCUGUUUUGCUCCAGCCACUUUUCUUGUACAACCACAUGGAUGGAUUAGAUGUCCUCAGGUCUUUUCCAUCUUCAGUUUCUAUGACUGUGGAAUAAAUGUUCAGAUAGAAACUUCA